CCUUCACCGAGAACAUAAAAUUGCUACUUUCUGUCCUAUCCGAAAUCGAUGCGUGAUUCAAACCAGCGCGACAGACUGUUCGCGCCUUCCUGACAAUACAUACGUCGCCGAGGUCGUUAGCUUCCCCGCCACCACCACGAUGUUCCAUACUUUUCCUGCCACUAAGACUUCCGACGAAGGCGCCAAACCAGCGAGGCCUUCAGCAUCACGACGCAUUACCACGAGUAAUGCCUGUGGAUCCUGUCGGCGGAGGAAGAUCCGUUGUGAUGGCGCCGUGCCUUGCGGCCAGUGCGUUUACUACCAGCAAGCAGACGCUUGCUUGUACCAGAAGCCACCUCCACGCGUGGUGCCGUCGAAGAAGCUGGUAGAAGACUUGUCAGCGUCAGUGGAACGGUAUCGCAUUGUUUUCGAACGCCUUUUCCCUGGAAGAGACAUUGUUCACCUGGCUACGCUUUCAAGGGACGACCUUAUAGCAACGGUCGGAAUGCCAGCGACAGCUGAGACAAUUUCUCGCAUCUCGGACCUAGAGUCUCCGGUUUCUACACUCGAAUCUGAAGGAGCUGAGAGUUUGGAGGCUCUGAUACAAGCUCCAGAGCAGGAUCCUGUCGUGGAUGAAGCAACGCGACAUCAAACGAGAGUCCAAGGGAUCUCUGACGAUGUCAAUGGUCUUUCGCUGUCCUUGGGUCGACCUUCCUCAUACGUAGGAGUCUCAUCUAUAACUGCUGCUCUGAAGGUUAUCUGCAGAGUGGCGCCAGCAACACGGAGGCUACUGGCUCAAGGUCAACCUGAGACUGCUAUACCGAGUCGGGUUGCUUCGCCUUCCCCGGAGCCUGGAAGUCUGGACCCUACACAUCUGCCUCCAGCAGAACUGGGCCAAACUUUGAUUGAAGCAUAUUUCAGCAAAGUACAUCCUCUCAUGCCUAUGUUGGACGAGCAGUCAUUCUGGCUGACUUGGCUCUACGGAGAGCGGAGAGACUCACCUUGGCUGGCUUUACUCAACACUGUACUUGCAUUGGGUUCAGUGGUUUCCUCCGACUGUACCAGUAAUGCUCAUCAAGCUUACUAUCAGCGCGCGAUGCAGCUGCUGGAUUUUGACAGUCUUGGCAGUGGCAACACACUUGUCGUUCAAGCGCUAGGUCUAUUGAGCGGCUACUACCUUCAUUAUGUUAGCCGACCGAACCUCGCAAACAACCUUAUGGGUGCGACUCUGCGACAAGCAACCGUGUUAGGUCUGCAUAGAGAAUAUACGGAUGCAAAUUCAUCUGACGGACUUCCAACGAACAAGGCAACUUCUGCUGAUGUUCGGCGGCGAACCUGGUGGAGUCUCUAUGUCUUGGAUACAUGGGCAAACACAACCACUGGAAGACCUUCAUUAGGGCAACCUAGCCGCGGUAUCACGGUACAAAUACCAUAUGUCAAAGAUGCUCAAGAUCCGGCCACAGCAAAGUUCCUGCCACUUUUGCACAAUGUAGCGUUCUGUCGCAUUGCCACUCAGAUCCAAGAUGCACUAUCUGCAUCGCCACUCCUACCCUUUGAAGAGCUCAACCGACUUGACAAAGAUCUCCUGCAAUGGCAUAGCGAAUUGCCUGCGUCAUUGAAGCCUUCGACCUCGCAUGACUCAAGUUUCAGCACAAAGCGUCGUUCUUCCAAGGCAUCAAAACGUUCAAACACAGCCGACGUCCUAGAGAUACCAAGUAUGAUCAUGUAUUGGAGAUACCAGAAUCUGCGACUUCUGCUGCACAGGCCUUAUCUUUUGGCUACUGCUUUACGCAAUGUACCAGAUACAUCAUUAUCAGCCGAAGAGAAAGUAGGUGUGGGCCGCUGUCGAGCUGUGGCAGCUCGGACCAUUGCAGAUAUCAGCAGUAUGUGCCCAGAAGAUUUGCUCGCUGGUUGGAAUGGUGUUUGGUUCAUGUAUCAAGCUGUCAUGGUCCCCCUCGUUUGCAUAUUUUCGUCAUUAGCUAGGACAACAACCCCGGCAAAGAACUCCGAACAAGACUCCGAAGCGAACGAAACUGGAGAAUCGCCCAGUAACUUCUCUGAUAUCAGCAGUCAUAGAGACAUUUCGGAAUGGCAAGCACAAGUUGAAAAAGCUCUGGACUUCUUCGAGAGGAUGGGGCCCUGGUCAGCAGCCGCUUCAAAGUCCAAGGAUGUGGUUUCUAGACUUUACGAAGCCAGCAAGCAUUUGACCUCUGCUCAGGACGCAUCUACCUGGACAACCACUCAACCACUGAACUUCAACACAGCGACCACAGUCCUCGCAUUCAAUCAGAACAACACCGUCGAAAACAAUCAACUGCCGAUACAACCUGCAGGCAUGAACACAGAGGAUGUCUGGGGCCUAUCACCAAACGGAGCUGCCGCGAUGAACAAUUUCUGGUUCGACGAUAUGAUGUGGGAUGUACCCAUGGCGGACCCGGAUAUGCUGGAGAACACUGGCACUGGCUUUGGUUUCAACGAGCUCGACUGGUUGUCCAAUCUCGGCACACAAAGAAAUGAAGAUCCGCCGUGGUCUUUCGAGCAAUGAAACCGCAAAAACCAAAUCAUGAGUUGAAGACCGGUCCACAGGAAUGUCGUUUUUGGUAUAGACCGACCUACUUGACUGCCUAAAACCCAUGUUCUCGUUCUUCACAGCACUUGACGGCGAACAAAAGAUUUCUGUCUUGUGAGAUGGUGGAGUGGAGUGGAGUGGAGCAUAUAUUGUGUGCUGUAUAUCUACCGUAUCUAUACUUUCUCGACUGGCCUGACUUGAAGCAAUUUUACAAGAGGUUCAUUCAUCUAUUUACAGCGACCCCCG